AUGACAACACUCCGUCCCUUCUCCGCCCUCGACGUCCUAAAAUUCAACCCCACCAAUCUCGACCCCCUCACCGAAACCUACGACCUCAAUUUCUACUUCUCCUAUCUCGCCCGCUGGCCGCACUUCUUCACCGUCGCUCUCUCCCCCUCCUCCACCAUAACCGGCUACAUAAUGGGCAAAACCGAGUCAUCCUCGGAGUCACUCCUCCUCUCCAAAUCCCCGCACUAUCUCCCGUGGCACGCGCACAUAACCGCUCUCACCGUAUCGCCAUCUGCUCGACGGUUAGGACUUGCCCGGACUUUGAGUCAGGUACUAGAGAAAGGGGGAGAUGAAUAUGAAGCUUGGUUUGUGGAUUUAUUUGUGAGGAAGAGCAAUUUCAUUGCGCAGGAACUGUAUAAGGGGUUAGGGUAUAGUGUUUUUAGGACGGUGAAGGGCUAUUAUAAUGAUUUUGUGGGAGGAGAAGAGGCGGUUGAGGGAGAGGGGGAGGAUGCGUAUGAUAUGCGGAAACCGUUGAGUCGGGAUAGGCAUUUGAAACAUGUUAGGGAGAAUGGGGAGAGUUUUGAGGUUAGGGCGGAGGAUGUUUGGUGA